AUGAGAACUCAAUGGGCACCAGUGACGCCAGAGGACAGCAGCCGAGGCAAUAAACGGCCAGAACUAAACGAGGUUCGAUGUCGAAGCGCAAUAAAGGGAGGCGGCCCAGAAAUAUUCAAGGAGACAUCAUUUGGUGAUGACAUCGGCACAACACGGCCAGCACCGUUAGGCAUUCCUGCUUCUGCUACCUGCGACGUCCCGUCCUCUCUAUCUAGUGCUACUAUCGCCGAUCUGCAUCUGUUAUUGAUUGGAAGCAGUUCGGUGUCGCCUAACCACGGAGGUCAUCGCCGAAGGUGA